UCCGGUAGGUGUACUUCCAAGAGAACAUGGCCCACGUUGGGGACUGCAAGUGGAUGUCCUGGCUCCCAGUGCUGGUGGUGUCUCUGAUGUGCUCAGCCAAGGCAGAGGACUCCAACUGUGGCGAGAAUGAAUACCACAACCAGACUACCGGGCUGUGCCAGCAGUGUCCUCCAUGCAGACCAGGGGAGGAGCCCUACAUGUCCUGUGGAUACGGCACCAAAGAUGAGGACUAUGGCUGCGUGCCCUGCCCUGCAGAGAAGUUCUCCAAAGGAGGUUAUCAGAUAUGCAGGCGCCACAAGGACUGUGAGGGCUUCUUCCGGGCCACCGUACUGACACCAGGAGACAUGGAAAACGAUGCUGAGUGUGGCCCGUGUCUGCCUGGCUACUACAUGCUGGAAAACAGACCCAGGAACAUCUACGGCAUGGUCUGCUACUCCUGCCUCUUAGCACCUCCCAACACCAAGGAAUGUGUGGGAGCCACUUCCGGGGUUUCAGCUCACUCCUCCAGCACUUCAGGCGGCAGCACCUUGUCCCCCUUCCAGCAUGCUCACAAAGAGCUCUCAAGUCAAGGACACCUGGCCACCGCCCUGAUUAUUGCCAUGUCUACGAUCUUCAUCAUGGCCAUAGCCAUUGUCCUCAUCAUCAUGUUCUAUAUCAUGAAGACUAAGCCUUCAGCUCCAGCCUGCUGUAGCACCCCAGGAAAAAGUGCAGAAGCCCCAGCUAACACACAUGAGGAGAAAAAAGAGGCCCCAGACAGUGUGGUGACUUUCCCUGAGAAUGGUGAAUUCCAGAAGUUGACAGCAACACCCACAAAGACCCCAAAAAGUGAGAACGAUGCCUCCUCUGAGAAUGAGCAGCUGCUGAGUCGCAGUGUGGACAGUGACGAAGAGCCAGCCCCGGACAAGCAGGGGUCCCCAGAGCUAUGCCUGCUGUCGCUAGUUCACCUGGCCAGGGAGAAGUCUGUAGCCAGCAACAAGUCUGCUGGGAUCCAAAGCCGAAGGAAAAAGAUAUUGGAUGUGUAUGCCAACGUGUGUGGUGUUGUUGAAGGUCUCAGCCCCACGGAGCUGCCUUUUGAUUGCCUUGAAAAGACAAGCAGAAUGCUCAGUUCUACCUACAACUCUGAGAAAGCAGUCGUGAAAACGUGGCGCCACCUUGCCGAGAGCUUUGGACUGAAGAGGGAUGAGAUUGGGGGCAUGACUGAUGGCAUGCAGCUCUUUGACCGCAUCAGCACUGCGGGCUACAGCAUCCCAGAGCUGCUCACGAAGCUGGUCCAGAUCGAGAGGCUGGAUGCUGUGGAGUCCUUGUGUGCAGACAUAUUGGAGUGGGCUGGGGUUGUACCCCCUGCCUCCCCACCCCCAGCUGCAUCCUGAAGAGUUUGCCUUGGACUAUCUUCCCUGGGACCAGAUGGGGACCCAAUGAAGCCAUGGCAGCUGUGAGUGAUGCCAUCGGACUGUCAGAGUUCAAGGCAUUUCCUGGUGGGUCACUGCACUCCUUAGGCUGCCCUAAGGAGCUCACUGAGCACCCAAAUGAACCAAACCAUGUGUGAGGACACAGGUGAAGAAUCUGAUCCUGUCUUUUAAGGAAGCACUUAGUGAGAGCCAGGGGGCAUGGCAUAGACCAUGUUACCAAACAUCACUAGGCAAAUAAGGGGAUGCUAAAAAGUAAUGUAGCAAAAGUUAUAAGAAGGGUGAUGGUGUCUCAAGUUGAAAAUGGGAGCAUCCUAAUGAAGAAACUAGUGUGAAGGUUUUAGUAAAAUGGUUACAAAGUACAGACAUCCCACUUCUGCAUUGCUUCAGACCGAACAGGGUUUGUUGGCUUGUUCUAUGGUUUCAGGGGUAACGACCCAUGUUUACAGUCACCCACAAUGGUACAAGCCUUGCAGUCAGUAGUGAAAGAACUCACUGUAUGGACAGUCAAGGCAUAUCUGUCCAGACAAAAGUGAGAGCAGAU